ACGGCGCUUGAGCUGUUCUUCUCGCGACAUCGCGAACCGGUCGAACGCCGAGGUUAUACGUGAUUAGUGUUUGUGCCAAGGGAAUAUUCCCGAGUAAAUAGUUCACGAUGAAACCAGCGCGUACCCCACCCAGCAAAACACAAGGGUUUGACUCGACCUCCGACAACACGGAUAGAGACACAGACGGUGUUAAUGUCGGCAGGAGAACAAAACGCAAACGAGAUGAAAUCUAUGAAGAUUCGAUGAAGUCUUUUAUGGAUGAGAUGAAAAGCUUAUUCUCCACUUUCUCUGGUAACCAAAAUGAAAAACUCUCUCAAUUGCAAACAUCCGUACAGACUAUUACCAAUCAAAACUCCAGUCUACAUGCGAAACUUACCUCUAUGGAAUCCUCCAUCUCUGAACUACGUUCCGAGAUAACCAGUGUGCAGCAGGAAUAUCAAAACAUGAACACGAGAAUAAAAGAAAUCGAAAGUGAUAUCACAGAUAUGAAACAAUCUCUGGAAUACACAUCAGCCGAACAAAAAGAUCUGAACAAUAAAAUAAAAAGCUUUGAAAACAAUUCCAAUAUUUCUGAAAAGAUGAAAUCUGAAAUCGAAGACUUACACACUACAAUUUCCAUUCUAAAGUCUGAAAUAAUGGAGCAACAACAGCGAGAUAGGCUACUCAAUUUGGAAAUCACUGGCCUUCCAGAAAUGACACACGAAAACCUGUCGGAACUAGUGAUAAAAUUAGCCAAAUAUGCUGAGGUCGAACUCGUUCCUGAGGAUAUUGUACAUGUUACUAGAGUCCAGCCACGAAAAAAUACCGCAGGACGACCAAAAGCCAUCGUUUUAAAGCUUAAGAAACGGAUCAUCAAAGACAACAUUCUAGCUGGUAUUCGCAAAAAGCGGGGUUUGAGCACUGAAGAUAUCUGUAUUACUGGAGAACCGAGGCGCAUAUAUGUCAAUGAACACCUUACAGUCGACAACAAAUUACUUUACAAGAAGUGUCGGGAAGCUGCGAAGACAUCGGGAUGCAAAUAUGUGUGGAUAAAAAACUGUUUAAUUUUUAUGAGAAAAGACGACAAUUCAAAAUCAAUGAAUAUAAAAAACGACUUAGAUAUAAAAAAGGUUUGGGAAUAACCUCACCACCGCCAAUGUUUACUCACUUUAUCGUACUUUUUUUUCUGCAUUAUUUUUCUUUCUUGUUAAAUAUUUUUUUGAUGUGCUGGGAUUCCGAGGGCUGUUUAUGCUCUAACUUCUAUAUUAUUUUGCCAAUUGCAACUUUUAUGUUUAACUUCAGUAAUAACAGUCACCAUAUGGACGGAACUUUAAAACACAUAAAUAACGUAGUAUCUAUUUUUAAGUGCUACAUUGUGAAACAGAAACAGUUUUACCAAUUCUCAUCUACUACACAUAAACAUAAACAACAUACUUA